AUGAUGGCCCGGGGUCAGAGCCCCCUCGUGCCGCUGUUGGAGACUUUGGAAGACCCUUCUGCUUCCCAUGGAGAGCAGACUGACGCUUACCUGACUCUGACCAGUCGAAUGACUGGAGAAGAAGGAAAAGAAAUAAUUAUAGAAAUUGAGAAGAAACUUCCUCAGCUGUACAAGGUUUUAAAGACCCACAUUUCCAGUCAAAACUCAGAGCUGAGUAGUGCUGCUCUACAGGCCUUGGGGUUUUGCUUAUAUAAUCCGAAAAUUACCUCAGGAUUAUCAGAGGCAAAUAUUCAAGAACUGCUUUCAAAACUGAAUGAUAUUGUUAAGGGUUCAGACAAAAAUGUAUGUACCAGGGCACUUUGGGUGAUAUCGAAGCAGACGUUUCCCACUGAAGUUGUUAGCAAAGUGGUGUCCAGUAUAAUUGAUUCAUUAGAAAUAGUAUUUAAUAAAGGAGAGAUGCAUUCUGCCAUUGUUGAUUUUGAAGCAAUAAAUGUUAUCAUAAGGCUAAUUGAGCAAACCCCAAUUCAGAUGGGAGAAGAGUCAGUGAGGUGGGCAAAACUAGUCAUACCUUUAGUGGUUCAUUCAGCACAAAAGGUACAUUUGCGGGGAGCGACUGCUCUAGAGAUGGGAAUGCCGUUGUUGCUUCAGAAACAACAAGAAAUAGCAUCUAUUACAGAGCAACUUAUGACUACCAAAUUGAUCUCAGAACUCCAAAAGCUAUUUAUGAGUAAAAAUGAGACUUAUGUCUUGAAAUUAUGGCCUUUGUUUGUCAAACUUCUUGGAAAGACCUUGCAUCGAAGUGGGAGUUUCAUCAAUUCUCUAUUACAGCUGGAAGAACUGGGGUUUCGUAGUGGAGCACCCAUGAUUAAAAAAAUAGCUUUCAUUGCUUGGAAGAGUUUAAUAGAUAAUUUUGCUUUAAAUCCAGAUAUACUGUGUAGUGCAAAAAGACUCAAGUUGUUAAUGCAGCCUUUGAGUUCCAUCCAUGUGAGGACAGAAACUCUAGCAUUAACAAAACUAGAAGUCUGGUGGUAUUUACUGAUGAGACUUGGACCUCAUCUUCCUGCUAAUUUUGAACAGGUUUGUGUGCCUCUGAUUCAGAGCACAAUAAGCCUUGAAUCUAAUGCUUCUCCUCAAGGCAGUUCAUCUCGUGUGGCUACUUCUCAAGGUUUAAGUCCUAUGACUCCUAUACACAAAGGUGCUUCUCCAUAUGGAGCCCCUGUAACUCCCCGGAUGAAUUUGAGUUCGAGUUUAGGUGGAAUGGGCACAAUCCCUUCCAUUCAACUUUUGGGACUUGAGAUGUUGCUUCAUUUUUUGUUGGGUCCAGAAGUCUUGAGUUUUGCUAAGCAAAACAAAAUAGUACUCAGCUUAGAGCCACUGGAACAUCCGUUAAUCAGCAGCUCUUCUUUUUUUUCCAAACAUGCAAAUACACUUAUCACUGCUGUUCAUGAUAGCUUUGUUGCAGUUGGAAAAGAUGCUUCUGAUGCAGUUGUCAGCGCUAUCUGGAAGGAGCUAAUUAGCUUGGUGAAGUCAGUUACUGAAUCAGGUAACAAAAGAGAGAAACCAGGUUCUGAAGUUUUGACCCUCAUACUGAAAUCUUUGGAAAGCAUAGUGAAGUCAGAAGUAUUUCCUGUAUCAAAAACACUGGUUCUCACGGAAAUUACAAUUAAAGGACUACCUCAGAAAGUAUUAGGUUCACCGGCAUAUCAGGUUGCUAAUAUGGAUAUUCUUAAUGGAACUCCGGCUUUGUUCUUAAUUCAGUUAAUUUUCAACAGUAAUUUUUUGGAAUGUGGUGUAGCAGAUGAAAAGUUUUUUCUCAAUCUGGAAACACUUGUAGGCUGUGUUCUUUCUGGUCCAACUUCACCUCUAGCUUUCAGUGACUCUGUUUUAAAUGUUAUUAAUCAGAAUGCAAAGCAACUGGAAAACAAGGAGCAUCUCUGGAGAAUGUGGAGUAUUAUAGUCACGCCACUAACUGAAUUGAUUAAUCAGACCAAUGAAGUGAAUCAAGGUGAUGCCUUAGAACAUAAUUUUAGUGCUAUCUAUGGUGCAUUGACUAUACCAGUAAACCAUAUUUUUUCAGUACAGAAAUUUCCAGUGGACACCAUGAAGACCUUACUUAGGACUUGGUCAGAAUUAUAUAAAGCAUUUGCUCGCUGUGCUGCUUUGGUGGCAACAGCGGAAGAGAAUUUGUGCUGUGAGGAACUUUCUUCCAAGAUAAUGUCCUGUUUGGAAGAUGAAAGCCUUUCAAAUUUGUUGUUCUUGGACAGGGUCAUUCAUAUUAUUACUAUAAUGGUUGAUUGCAUCGACUUCUCACCAUAUGAUAUUAAAUAUCAGCCCAAAGUUAAAUCACCACCACAGAGACCUACAGAUUGGUCCAAAAAGAAGAAGGAUCCCCUAGGAAAACUGGCUUCUUUAUUUAAACUUAUUGUGAGAGCAAUCUAUUCUUUCCACACUUUGAGCUUCAAGGAAGUACAUUCUGAUACUCUCUUCGCUAUCGGCAACUCAAUCACCAGCAUUCUUUCCAAUAUACUUGGACAUAUUUCUUUGCCCUCUAUGAUUCGAAAAAUAUUUGCAACUUUAACAAGACCUCUGGCCUUAUUUUAUGAAAACUCAAAACUCAAUGAAGCUCCUAAAGUGUAUAGUUGUCUGAACAACAAGUUAGAAAAGCUACUAGGCGAAAUUAUUGCUUGUCUGCACUUCAACUGCACUGGAACUUAUGACAGUGAACUUCUUGAACAACUCUCCCCACUAUUAUGCAUAAUAUUUCUGCACAAGAAUAAACAGAUUCGAAAACAGAGUGCUCAGUUCUGGAAUGCCACAUUUGCUAAAGUGACGAAGUUGAUUUAUCCUGAAAAGUUAAAACCAAUACUAAGGCAAGCCAAACAGAAAUCUUUGCUGCUUUUGCCUGGUUUGGAAAAUGUUGAAAUGAUGGAGGAAUCCAGUGGACCAUAUUCAGAUCCAAUAGAAAAUUCACAAUUAAAUGUGAAGAUAAGUGGCAUGGAAAGAAAGUCAAGUGGAAAAAGAGAUUCCUUUUUGGCACAGACAAAGGAUAAAAAAGAAAAUAUGAAACCAUCAGCCAAACUGAAUCUUGAAUCUUCAUCUACAAAAGUAAAAAGUGAAAUGCUUUUAGAAGAGGAAAAAUCUACUGACUUUGUAUUUAUACCUCCAGAAGAAAAAGAAGCAAAGGAGAGAAUAUUAACUGAACAUCAAAAAGAAGUACUCAAAACAAAGCGGUGCGAUAUUCCUGCCAUGUAUAAUAAUCUGGAUGUUUCACAAGACACCCUGUUUUCUCAGUAUAGUCAGGAAGAAUCUAUGGAAAUUCCUACUUUAACUGAAAACCCAAAGGAAGAUUCCAAGAUUAUGAUUAAGGAGGAGCAAACGAAGAGUGUCAUGGAAAACUGUGAUAUGGAUGAACAUCUUGAAAAAGCUUCCCUUUCAAAUAAUGAGUGUUCUCCUGAUGAAACCAAUCCAGAAAUACCGAGCAGUAAUAGUGAUGCCGGAAAAACUUUAAUUUCAUCAAAGAAAACUUCAACUGAAUGUGCGUCUAGUACAGAAAAUUCUUUUGUUCUGAGCAGUAGCUCAGUUUCUAAUGCCACUAUUUCUGGAACUCCCCCACAGCCUACAAGUCGAAGGCAAACGUUUAUUACCCUGGAGAAGUUCGAUGGUUCAGAAAAUAGGCCUUUUAGCUCAUCUCCUUUGAAUAACAUGUCAUCAACUGUUAUAGUGAAAAAUAAACAGGAAAGCAUAAACAAAACAGAAAUGCCAGCAAAAGCAAAGAAAAGAGAAGUGGCUCUUUCAAAAUCUGAGUCUGAAAAAGUAGUGAAUGGAAUUAAGAGAUCAGGCCGGAGAUCAGGUAAAGCUGAACAAGCAGGAAAUAAAAGGUCUAAACCCUUAACAAGAUCUGAACAGGAGAAAAAUACUCAGGAAUCUGUCGAAGACCUGGUAGCCUCAGAAAAUCAGUCACCUGGUUUGCUAAAUCAAACAGAAUGUGCGCCAGAUAAUCUGGUUCCUCUUUCUGAAUCUAUAAUGGAGCAUGAAGAUACAAAGCUUAAACCAACUAUAGAAAAUGCUGUGUUACUGGAAAAUGAUACUGUUGAAGAGAAAAAUGUAAGAAUUAAUUUGGAAUCCAAAGAAAAUACACCUCCAGCAGCAGUAUCAGCAGAUCAAGUGGAAAAUGAGGACAGUCAGGUUCAGAUAACUCCAAAUCAAAAAACCCUUAGACGGUCUUCAAGGCGACGUUCAGAAAUAGCAGAGUCUACUGCUGAUAACCAAGAUAAAGAAAAUCAUCAAAAAAAAGAAAGACGUAAGGAAGAAGAAAAACCUCUUCAGAAGAGUCCAUUACAUAUAAAAGAUAUGUUACCUAAGCAAAAACUGAAUUCUGAACAAACUGUGCAAGAAAAUUUGAUUGAGAAAGCAAAUAAUUUACAUGAGGAGACUUCUGGAGAAACCAGUGCUAGUGCUGAAAUUGACCAAAAUAAAAGAAAGCCAGACCUUGAGAAUACUAAAUCUGAGGGAGAUGGUACACAGGACAUUCCAGACAAAUCCUCUAAGAAACCAAUAAGGGGACGAACACGGUAUCAAACAAGAAGAGCAUCUCAAGGUUUGCUCUCCAGCAUUGAAAACUCAGAAUCUGACAGUUCUGAGGCAAAAGAAGAAGGUUAUAGAAAAAAAAGAUCUGGAAAAUGGAAAAACAAAAGCAAUGACAGUGUUGGCAUUGAAGAUCUAGAAGAGAAAAUGGUAAAACAGGAAUGUAUAAAAGGUGAAAAUCAGACAACUGAUUAUAAAGCAAGUUGUGAAGUAGACGUAGAUGUAAAAUCUCAGAGCUGUGAAAAAAAAGAUGAAAAUAGUACUGUAAUACUUCAGGAACCUACAGUAUCUUCAGAUUUGUUGCAAGUUUCUGAAGAUGCACCAAAUAUAUGUGAGGGAAAAAGUAAAACUAGUAAAUGUGCAAAACAUUCCUUUACAAGUCCGCCUGUGCCAGAAUCAAAUUUAAGGACUAGAAAUGCCAGUAAGAGAUUACAUAAGCGAGAUUCUAGUGAUAAUAGUGUAGGAGAAUCCUCAAAAACAGAGACAUCAGACAUUUCUUUGCUUUCUGAAAAAUCUCUCCAAACACUUGAAUGUCAGCACAAGAGAAGUAGAAGGGUAAGGAGAUCUAAGGGUUGUGAUUGCUGUGGGGAAAACUUACAACUUCAGGAAAAGUCAUUUAUUGGGUUAAAGAAAACAGAAAAUUACGACCUAACAGUUAGUGAAACAAAAAAGACAGAUGUGCAAAUACCUGUAACUAUAUCAGAAAGUUCUAAAGCUAAUGUCUAUUCUGAAGUAAAGUUUUUAGAUGAGCAUCAUAGUAUGAAUUUUCAUUUGGGUCUCAGGGAGGACAGUGAUAAUAGUAACAAUCCCUUAAUUGUGUCUGAAACUGAGUUGAAAGAAAAAUCCACUCAAGCAUCUUUUCCUUCCGAAAUAGUAAAUUUUAAAGAGGAAACUUGUAAUAUGGGCUCUAGUGAAGCAGUAUCUCUUGAAAGCCAAGAGCCAUGUAAUAAAAAAUUUAAAACUGUUAGCCCGUGUUUAGGUGAUUCCAAAGAUAUUUCACAGGAAUGUUCCUUGGAGACCAAAGAAGAGAAACCAGAAGCUCCAGAAAAGGGCCUAAGUCUAGAGAAUGUAGUUAAUGUUGAAGGAAAUGCAUAUAAAGUAAUAGCAGAAUCCAAUCCAGAGGAAGUAGAAGCUAUGGAAUUGGAUGUAGGAAGUGAUAUAUCUGAAGGUAGCUUCUCUGAACAAGAGAGUGCCAAAAGUGACAUUUCUGAAGCAGCAAAAAAGGAAAAUGAUGAAAAAAGUGAUUCUGUAGCAGACACAGCUAAAGGACUGAAUGCUGCAGAAGCAGCAGCUGAGGAAAUUAAUUCAGAUAUUCGUCCUACUAUCACACCUGUAGAAGUGAAUGCUCAAAUUGAACAAACAGCAUCUGGGGAAUUAGGUAGAGAAAGUGAUGAAUCUAAUCGAGGCUCAUCUGAAGAAAGGAGUGCUGAAAGGGAAAAUUGUGAAGAAGCAGUGAUUGGUGAGGUGAAUGCUGAAACUGACCACAUCGGUGAAGUGGAGGAUGGAGAUAAGGAAACUUCCAAGCCUGAAGAAGCUGAAACAAAAAGAUUGAAUGCAGAAAUUGGCAACUUUGUUCCUGACACAUUAGAAACAAGCACUGAAGAAGGAAAGAUUGACUCUAAUAGAACUGAAACAAAUACUGAACUUAAUCAAUUUAAAGAAAUAAAAUUAGAUGACAAUCAAAUGAUAGUGGGAAAUGGUAAUGUUUUACUACAGGGGGUUCACCAUACUUCAGAGAAAGUAGAGGAACCAUUGCAGUCUUUGACAUGUGGAACAGCUGUCUCUGAACUGAUAACAGAAGACAAGGAUGUAUCUCCGCAAAAAUUAAGGGAACUUGAUCCUUCACUUGUGUCAGUAAAUGAAAGUCCUGGUGGCAUGCAGACACGCUGUGUCUGGUCUCCUUUGGCUUCUCCAUCCACUAGCAUUUUAAAGAGAGGACUAAAAAGACCCCAAGAAGAUGAGAUCUUAUCACCUGUUAACAAGGUUCGCCGUGUGUCCUUUGCAGAUCCAAUAUACCAAGCAGGAUUGGCAGAUGACAUUGACAGGCGAUGCUCUAUUGUUAGGUCCUGUUCUUCAAGUAAUUCUUCCAUAGUAAAAAGUGUUAAAACUUCUCCUACUGCACAAUCUAAGCAUAAUACCACUUCAACCAAAGGAAUUCUGUCCCCAGGAUCACGUAGCCCUAAAUUUAAGAGCUCAAAGAAGUGUUUAAUUACAGAAAUGGCCAAAGAAUCCAUGCCAUGCCCAACAGAAAGUGUUUACCCAGCUUUGGUGAACUGUGUGGCACCAGUUGACAUCAUUUUACCUCAAAUUACAUCAAACAUGUGGGCAAGAGGCUUGGGACAACUCAUUAGAGCCAAGAAUAUAAAAACAAUUGGUGAUUUGAGUACUCUUACAGCAUCUGAAAUAAAAACUCUUCCUAUCCGUUCUCCAAAAGUGUCCAAUGUAAAGAAGGCUCUCCGAAUAUAUCAUGAGCAGCAGGUGAAGUCUCGUGGACUAGAAGAGAUUCCAGUUUUUGAUAUUUCUGAAAAAACAGUAAAUGGAAUAGAAAAUAAAUCUCUCUCUCCUGAUGAAGAAAGAUUUGCCUCAGAUUUGAUUGAUCCUGUUGCUUUAGAAAUUCCAUCAUCUAAAAAUCUUGUGGCACAAAUUAGUGCUCUUGCUCUUCAAAUGGAUUCAGAAGAUCUCCAUAAUUAUUCAGGAAGCCAGCUAUUUGAAAUGCAUGAGAAACUUGGUAGUAUGGCAAACUGUAUCAUAAAAAAUCUACAAUCUCGUUGGAAGUCAUCAGCCCAUGAAAAUUCUGUUUAGUAUUUUAAGAGAAAACUGAAAAAUUUUUAAACAUCACUGGAUUUCUUGAUUAAACAAGUUCUGAAAUAUAGCACAAUUUCAAAGAAAAGACUGUUUACAAAGUUGGUAACAUUUCCAACCCAGAAGGAUAAUUAUUGUGUAAGUUCAAUUUUGUAAGUUCAUUAUGUAAGAUUUUUUUCUCCCCCUUAUAAUAUAUUUUCUUGGCUGCUAUGCAUAGUUUUUCAAGAAAUAUAAUUAAUUUUACUGAGAUGUGAAAGCAUAAACUAGAAACAGAAACAUACAUUUUUAUUUCACACUUUCUUACACGUGUAUUCUGAUCAAACAUGUAAAGUACUUUAAGUAAAAUUGAAAAUUUUUAUUUGAAUUUUUGCUGAACUGAUAAAGGUGUUUAUACUUGUUUUUUUUUUUGGUUUUUGUUUUCAAUUCAUAUUUGUUGUGCCUGGGGUUUAGGAAGUUUAUUCUGGGUAAAACAUCUUAAAUGAGAUGUGAAAGAAUUGAAGCUUCUUGCAGAUGUUAACUUUGGACAACUUUCAAAAACAAUACCAAAAGUUUCAACUUCUGGGGGUUAAAAUAUUAAUGCAGAAUAUACUAAGAUUCUGUUCAUUUGCAUUAGCAGAUGUUUGUGCAGCAGGGUCUGCCUGUGAAAAUGUACUGUUGAGACAUAGUAUUCAUUUUUAAGUGUAUGACUGUAUAUUAUGUAUAGAUGACGUUCUUAAUUUAUAAAUUCAGUCUUCAUUAACUGCAUGAAAUUUUUUGCAGCUUCUUGUGAAUACCUUGGGUUUGUUUAAUAGAAACUUAUUUUGUAUAUAUUAAAUACUGAGAUAUCAGUAUGGACAAUAGAAAUGCUUCAUGGGCUUGCUGCAGGUAUUUGUAGGAUUCUGUAUCUACAAAUAAAACAACAAAUAGUUUUGUAUUUAGUUAAUAGUUUUAGUUAAAACAUGAGUGUAUUUUCUAAAAGUAUCCAGAAUGAGUAAAAUUAUAGAAAUGAGAAAACGUUACACAACAACUUUGCUAUUCAUAUCCUUACCUCUUUUUUCUUUUGGUUUAGAAGAGGGUAUCAGCCACUAGAAAGCGUGCCUCAUUACGUUUUUUCUUAAUGGAGAGUUAAUUUGAAUAUUUUCAUUCAAGUUGGACUAUAAGAAAGCUAGAGUUUAUCUGCCUUUUUAAAAAAUGUAUAUCUAAAAGCUAACUUGGAAGAAAUUUGAAACUGUUCUUUUUUAUAUAUGUAUGUUUUGCCUAGUUUUAAAAAAUAGGGUGUUUGUAAUUAUAUUUGUAAAUUUUACCACUAGUAUUAGUAUCUCACCUCCCAUAUUUGUUUCAUCUUUUUAACUGAGAAUAUAUUUCACUCAGUCCCUGAAUAGAAUGAGUUGGAUGGUCUUCUCAGUUUCCACACUUUAUUCAGAACCUAACCCCUACUUGGAAGGGCACACAUUUAUAUUGCAAGUUGUAGAAGUUUUUAAUGUCUGGCUAGCUUUCCCAUAUUCAGUAGGGGCCCUCCAGCAAGCUCCUCUGAAAGUUGGUGUCUUUUUAUGUCAUAAUUAUAAAUCCAUCAUCGUUACAAACGUUUUUGUGUCCAAGUACGAUAUUCAUAUACCAAGGAUGGUUUUAUAAAGAAUUCUGGUAUCAUUGAACUAAGGUUGUAGCUUGAAGAAAUAACUAAUGAAAAAUACUAAUUUUUAAAAACAACUAUAAUUGUGGUUUACAUUGUCAAUCAUUUCCCAAAUUAUAUUUAAUGGUAAAGAGGCAUGUGAGUUUUUAGUUAACCAGGUGUGAGUAAAAAGGGUGUGUGUGUUUGGGGGAGGGGAAGCGGGAUACUUUAACAUAGUUCAGAGUCUAAAUUAGCUCAUUUCAUGAUUAUAUGCCUUAACAUUGUGUGAACUAAACUUUGCUGGUUGAACGAAGUUCUUGAGAAGCUGAACCUCAUAGUACAAGAUGUGACCAAAGUUUAAGUGAUUUACUUAAAUCACAAUUUGAUACAAACAUAGGUAUUAGUUUUAAAAACAUUGUAGUUAACAAGGUUUUAUUUAAAAAUAUUAUUUGGGGGGCAAAGACCAGCUUGCUAAAUCUUCAUCAUUGCUAUGACUAUAAACAAUUAUUUUCUAUAUUGUUGCCUUAAGAUUUUCUGCAUGUUUUUUUCUUGAAUGAUUGCUGAAUAGCAGCAAGCUUUUGAUAUUCCUUAAUCAGCUCCACUGUGUUGUUUCACUACUAAAAUGGAGUCCAUUUUUUCAAAUCUUUUCUAAUGGCUAAUAAAACAAAUGACAAAUAUUAAUAAGAACACUCAAAUGUUUAUUUUAUGCAUUUUUGAAAAGAUAUAGUGGCAUGCAGGAGUGGAGUAUAAUUUUCAUAUCUAUGAAAACUAUUUUGGAUUUCAUAGUGAAUUUAAAUUUUCAAUAUUUCAGUGAGCCUGUUAUUAAAGAUGCUCUGCCAUUUGAUCUAGUUAGCCAUU